AGCAAGUGAUUUUGGCCAAUGCAAAGCCUCAGGGAGGGGUUCAGAUUGCUCAAUGACCCACGGGGAGAGAACAGGCUGAGACUGGGCUUCCUGCCUGAGAGGUCUCUAGACCAGAGGUCUCACGCAGUCCAGCUGACGAGGAUGGAAUAUGCCAUGAAGUCCCUCAGUCUUCUCUACCCCAAGUCUCUCUCCAGGCAUGUGGCAGUGAGCACCUCGGUGGUGACCCAGCAGCUACUGUCAGAGCCCAGCAGGGAGGCCCCCAGGGCCAGGCCCUGCCGAGUAAGCACUGCAGAUCGGAGCGUGCGGAAGGGCAUCAUGGCACACAGUCUUGAGGAUCUACUCCACAAGGUUCGGGACACUCUGAUGCUGGCGGACAAGCCCUUCUUCCUGGUGUUGGAGGAAGAUGGCACAACUGUAGAGACAGAAGAGUAUUUCCAAGCCCUGGCAGGGGAUACAGUGUUCAUGGUCCUCCAGAAGGGGCAGAAAUGGCAGCCCGCAUCAGAACAGGGGAUGAGGUACCAACUCUCUCUGUCUCAUAAACCUGUCAAGAAGAUAGACGUGGCCCGUAUAACCUUUGAUCUGUAUAAGCUGAACCCACAGGACUUCAUCGGCUGCCUGAACGUGAAGGCGACUUUCUAUGAUACAUACUCCCUUUCCUAUGACCUGAACUGCUAUGGGGCCAAGCGCAUUGUGAAGGAAGUUCUUCGUUGGGGCCUCUUUAGCAUGCAGGCCACAGGCCACGUGCUGCUUGGCACCUCCUGCUACAUGCAGCAGCUCCUUGAUGCCACAGAGGGAGGGCAGCCCCCCAAGGGCAAGGCCUCAUCCCUGAUCCCGACCUGUCUGAAGAUACUGCAGUGAAGACCUAAGUCCUUGGAAGCCUUCCCCAGCUAAGGACCAGGACUGGGAAUCCCAUGCUCAACGGGUAGCACGCACAAGCCUGGCAGCUACAGAGC